AUGGGUUCGUCAAAAGCAGUGAUCACCAGUGCAGAUGUAGAGGAUUGCCCAGGAAAUGUUUGCAAACUAAAGAAAGGAACUAAUGCUACUUUGCAUUUGAGUUUUAAAACAGAAGAUGUUGUCGAAGAUCUAUCAGUUCGACUAUAUGGUAUUUUAUUGAACCACACCAUGCCGUACCCAGGGCACUACCAGAAAGAUGGUUGCCAGUCUGAUGGUGUUUCUUGUCCAGUGCAGCCUGAUACCAUACAAAAUUAUACGCUAAUUAUCCCAGUACGCAAGAACUUCCCCAAGGUUCCAUCAGUAACAAUAAAACUCGAAAUUAAUGACAUAAUAUGCAUUCAUAUUCCUGGUCAGGUAGCGUAACAAUCGUUUCAGAAACAGAAGACAUACUUCCUUCUCAACAUAUUGCAAAUUCAUAAUUUCUAUACAACAGAAAUCAUUUCAAAACAAUUUUUUGUCAAUAUGUUAUAAAAGAUACACUUUGAAAAACUUGUGCAGUUUGAAAAAGGGGGAAAAGUUGAAAUAGAGAGCAAAUCUUUGUAUUUUCAGAAAAUUUAUAAGAUGACACCUUAUUUUAGAUUUUGUAAAAUUAUUUCAAUUAAAAUAAUCUUAUAUAUUCCAUGCAUGUCUACAUUU